AGUUUUCGUAUUUUUUCUUUUUUGCACCUUCGAAAUAAACUUGUUUUUUCUCCAUUUUUUUUAAAUCUGCACAUGUCAUAAUGUCAUCCAUAACACCAGCAUACAACACGAAUUUUCCCGCCUUGUUCUCCACUGGCGGCAGCAGCAGUUUCAACCAACAAAGAAGAAAAAGUGCGCAUUCGUUUAGCAAUCACCUACCACCACCUGGUUACCAACGAUCCUUAGCACCGCCCAAAGUACCCAGCUAUUUGAAGCAAACUAUGUACGGAACACUCGCUUAUGAACAAUAUAAAUACUAUCAAUGUAAACAUGAUAUUAAACCACUACCGAGUGCAAGCAGUGGUAAUAGCAGUCAUGACAGACAGAGAACACCAACAGCAACGCCAACAAACAUGUCAAAAUCAUUAGAACAACAUUGGGAAAAUCUUGACCUACGCUUACCUUCUUGCUGGAACGCAAUGGAUAAGUCGAAAAAUAUCGAAAUUGGAAAGAACGGUCUUGACUUAUUAUACAUAGGUCCAGGUAAACAGGAAACACAUGCAGCAUUAGCACGAACAAAUUUUCCUAUGCGCCCGCAGUGCGGCGUCUACUAUUUUGAGAUGACCGUGCUUUCAAAAGGUAAUGACGGUUACAUUGGUAUUGGGUUCUGUUCCGCUACCAAUAAACUGGAACGACUUCCGGGUUGGGAUCCAGAUUCGUGGGGAUAUCAUGGCGAUGAUGGCCAUUCAUUCGCUGGUUCGGGUACAGGUAAAAAUUAUGGCCCUUGCUUCACCACAAACGAUACUAUCGGUUGUGGGGUCAAUUUUGCUGACAACUCUGCCUUCUAUACGAAGAAUGGCAAGUUUUUGGGUUAUGCAUUCCAUAAUAUGGAUUUCGGAGGUAAAGAAAUGUAUCCAGCUGUAGGAUUAAGAACGGCCGGUGAAAGAGUGACAGUCAACUUUGGACAGGAGACAUUCAAAUUCGAUAUAGAUCAAUAUGUUUAUGAUCAAAGACUGAGGUUUAUUGGUGAAAUCACUAUGAAAAACAGAUAUGAUGGAUUGUUUCAAAAACGCGUCAUGGAUCAACUCGUUCUAUCCUAUUUGAUUCAUCAAGGUUAUUCAGGCACUGCUAAAGCAGUAAUUCAAGACGUGAAUCAUAUAUCAGGGGAAAAGCUUCAGUUAUUCGAAGAUAGGGAAAAUGAAAUUAUCGACAGCCAUGAUGUUUCGCUAAUAGAGUAUAUGGAAGAGGAUGACGACAAUGCCAGCAAUUGUAUUCAGCAACAAAAAAGCUUUUCAAGAUUCAGAGAGAAGGAUAUGGAGGAAAGACAACGUAUCCGUGCUGCUAUAAUUGCGGGAAAAAUAGACGAAGCGAUUCAUUUAAUGGAAGCGUAUUACCCUGGGGUACUACAGCAAGAAGGUCGCGGGAAAGAUUUACAGUUAUGGCUGAAAUGUGGCAAGUUUGUCGAAAUGAUGCGAGAAUUUUGUGAAUCACAAAGAUUAUCACUACUAAAAUCAGAUGACAGCAAGGGAGAGAUGAUGGAGGGACAUGAAAACACUAAUACAUUGCAGAAGGGUUGCAACCUGCCGAAAAUAAAAAGAAGUAGUAGUCUUGACAAUCAUAGUCCGACUCCCCAACCAGUUACAGGAAAACGUAGAUUAAGCUAUGCCGCCAUUGCUGCAUCACCACAAUCCGAAAUACCACCACAGCCUCAGCCUACGACAUCAACAGAUAGUAUGGAUAUAGAUCGUCAAUCUGUCGAUAACAAUGGCAGUGUUAACCUUGCAGACUCCACUUCACAAUUUUUAUCAGAUUCCUAUGCUUGGACGAAAAGAAGAACAAGCAUAUCUAAUUUACUGAAUCACAACGGUACUACACAUCCCCUAGACAGUGGGGCAAAAUCCGCCAGUAGCAACAGUCUGGAAAAAGAUAAUCCCUUCAUAGUGAAUCAUGCGAUCAACAAUAAAGAAGGAAAUGCUGAGUUGAAUGCCGCUAAUAAUGAUAAUGCAAGCCAAUGGAAAAAGCUUUUGGAAUAUGGUCAACAAUUAAGCGAAGAAUAUCGAUAUGAUUCUCGAACAAAAACAAAAUCAUAUUUAAUGGAAAUAUUCUCUUUACUGGCUUAUCCUGAUCCCUAUGCAAGUCCAGUAGCACAUCUAAUGAACGUGAGUAGGAGAGACGCAUUAGCCACUGAGGUGAAUGCUGCUAUCCUAGCCUACCAAAACAGGCCAGAAAUGCCUGCUUUAGAUCGUAUACUUAGACAGAUUAUCCUAACUAGCAAAGAAUUAGCAUUUAAAGGCGACGGCAAGGCAGCAUUAAUGAAUUUGGAGGAAUACUGUGCACAUGACGUCGAGAUUAAUAAGAGCAUAAAUAAUAACCCCACAUCAAUAAUGAACAAUACCACUAAUACUGUUACAAGUUAUUUCUAGCUUCCUUAAUGUACGAAAAACAAUAAAAUAAUCAAAGCCAAUCAUACGUUUUUUGUUCAAUGAUUUC